UUCCUUGUGACCUUUCACCCCAGCAUGGCUGCGCCCAUGGGACCUGUGAAGUUCUGGCGACCCGGUACAGAGGGGCCAGGGGUCAGCAUCUCGGAAGAGAGACAAAGUCUCACUGAAAACUCUGGGACAACAGUUGUUUACAAUCCGUAUGCUGCCCUUUCCAUCGAGCAGCAGAGGCAGAAGCUGCCGGUGUUCAAGCUUAGGAAUCAUAUUUUAUACUUGAUAGAAAACUAUCAGACUGUGGUGAUUGUUGGAGAAACGGGGUGUGGGAAAAGCACGCAGAUUCCUCAGUACCUUGCAGAAGCUGGCUGGACAGCUGAAGGAAGAGUGGUGGGAGUGACCCAGCCUCGGAGGGUGGCUGCUGUUACAGUUGCAGGGAGAGUAGCUGAGGAAAGGGGUGCGGUGCUGGGCCAUGAGGUGGGCUACUGCAUUCGCUUUGAUGACUGCACUGACCAGCUUGCUACGCGAAUUAAGUUUCUUACUGAUGGAAUGCUGGUCAGGGAAAUGAUGGUUGAUCCAUUGUUAACGAAUUAUAGUGCCAUCAUGCUGGAUGAAGCCCAUGAGAGGACCAUGUACACUGACAUUGCCAUUGGCUUGCUAAAAAAGAUUCAGAAAAAGCGAGGAGAUCUUCGAUUGAUUGUGGCUUCAGCCACUUUGGAUGCAGAGAAAUUUCGGGAUUUCUUUAAUCAAAAUGAAACCAGUGACCCAAGCAGGGAUACAUGUGUGAUCCUUACAGUGGAAGGGCGAACAUUUCCGGUGGAUAUCUUUUAUCUACAAAGUCCUGUUCCAGAUUAUAUCAAAUCAACUGUGGAAACUGUGGUGAAAAUUCACCAGACAGAGGGAGAUGGAGACAUACUAGCAUUUCUCACUGGCCAGGAAGAGGUAGAAACUGUUGUGUCUAUGCUAAUUGAGCAGGCUCGAGCACUAGCUCGUGCUGGGAUGAAGCGACACCUCCGAAUUCUCCCCAUGUAUGCAGGACUGCCUUCCUUCGAGCAAAUGAAAGUGUUUGAAAGGGUGUCUCGCAGUGUCAGAAAGGUGAUAGUGGCCACCAACGUGGCAGAAACCUCCAUUACAAUCGGUGGUGUUGUAUAUGUGAUUGACUGUGGCUUUGUGAAACUCCGAGCCUACAAUCCCAGGACAGCCAUUGAAUGCUUGGUGGUGGUGCCUGUGUCCCAGGCAUCAGCCAACCAGCGAGCAGGACGUGGUGGUCGCAACCGCUCAGGGAAAUGUUACCGCCUUUAUACAGAGGAAGCCUUUGACCAGUUGCCUCAAUCUACUGUUCCUGAGAUGCAGCGUAGCAAUUUGGCACCUGUCAUCCUACAGCUGAAAGCGCUAGGAAUCGACAAUGUCCUCAGGUUCCACUUCAUGUCGCCCCCUCCAGCACAGUCGAUGGUUCAAGCUCUGGAGUUGCUGUACGCCCUGGGAGGUCUGGACAAAGACUGUCACCUGACUGAACCACUUGGCAUGAGAAUAGCAGAGUUUCCUUUGAAUCCCAUGUUUGCCAAAAUGCUGCUGGAAUCAGGAAAUUUUGGCUGUUCUCAGGAAAUUCUAAGCAUUGCAGCCAUGAUGCAGAUACAGAAUAUCUUUCUUGUCCCUUCAAACCAGAAGUCUCAGGCUGUUCGAGUGCACCGUAAAUUUGCUGUGGAGGAGGGUGAUCACCUCACAAUGCUCAAUGUGUAUGAAGCAUUUAUCAAACACAAUAAGAGCUCUCAGUGGUGUCAGGAACAUUUCCUGAAUUACAAGGGUCUAGUCAGAGCUGCAACUGUGAGAGAACAAUUGAAAAAGCUUCUUGUCAAGUUUCAAGUGCCCAAGAAGUCUAGCGAAGGUGAUCCAGAUCCAGUUCUGAGGUGCAUCGUUUCAGGAUUCUUUGCCAAUGCAGCAAGGUUUCAUUCUACUGGAGCCUAUAGGACUAUCCGUGAUGAUCAUGAGCUGCACAUACACCCUGCAUCAGUACUCUAUGCGGAGAAGCCGCCUCGCUGGGUUAUCUACAAUGAAGUUAUACAAACCUCCAAGUAUUACAUGAGAGAUGUGACUGCCAUUGAAUCGGCCUGGCUGCUGGAGCUGGCGCCACACUUUUAUCAACAAGGAACGCCCCUCCCCCCACCAGCGCUCCCGCCGCCGCCGCCGCCGCCGCCGCCGUCGCCGCGCCCGCCGCGGCCCCUGGCACGGGUAGCUCAUCACAACCCGGCCGGAGGAGAUCCACAUCAAACCGCUUCAGGGAAGAUUUGCUGGGAUCGCUGCCACCGCUCCUGCGACGGAGACUGUCCUGCCCACCCGGCGCGGGGCUCCUGUUGCCUGCUCGGAGGCAGGCAGCCAUUUUGUUCCUGUCCGGCCCCACCCCCUUUGGGGCGAGCAGAUGAGAUAGCACCACCUGCUGGCGAUUCAAG